UUUGCACUCUUAUUUGUAUUAGUGUAUAUGUAAAUAUAGUCUAGAUAUUUAUAAAUACCUCACUAUUUAUUGAUUUAUUUCAUGUAUUUAUUUUCUAGCCAUACAAAAGCUAUUUUACGAAAGUGUUCUAUACUAUCUACAAUUUACAUCACCUCUGUGAGUAUUUAACUUAUCUUCAUAAUUCUGUUUGUGAUGUGUAGUUAAUUUAUUUUAUUUGUGAAUUUCUGUGAUAUGUCUGUCUGUAUUCACCUUGACGUGUGUUAAAUAAAUGGCAUCACUCCAGGAGUGAGUUUUGAAAUGAAAACAAAUUGUGUGUGAUUUUGAAGAUGGUAAAUCUCGCCAUUGAUCUUCAUUAUGGCAAUUGAGUUGUUGACGUCAGCUUUAGAGGGGUUAAUAUGGGCAGUUUUCUGUGAUAGGAUGGGCUAUAAACCUCAGCCGUUCCUCACAGUAGGCUCUAUCGAACCAAUGGCCCCAUUGCUCCUGAUGGGAAUAAAAAGGGAGCUGAGAAGUGGUCCGAUCAGAAUCAUCACUCAGUUCCAUCUCAUCCAUUGCCUGUCCCGGUGGAAUGAAAAUGAGUCCGAGGACACGGGUUGUUUGGACAUGCUCAGUUGUGAUGGUCAUCUUGUUUUCGGAGUCACACUGUAUCCAGAAGACGACUCUGUCUAAGAACUGGGGGCCGCAGUCAAUGCUGUAUCUGAAGGGCAAAUAUGGCAGAAGAUAUGUACCAGACAGUGAUGACAAUAUUUAUAACUCAGGGUUAAAAAGCUGGUACACAGUUAUUAAAGAAUUCCAGAAGUUGAAGACCGUGGCCGCUGGCAGACCUACACAUUUCUUCACAGAGGAGAAUGUUCUGAUACAUUAUACAGAGUAGGAGGGUAAUUUUUUUUAAGGUAUUAAAAAGAUUUGAUGAUGAUGAUUUAAUUAAUCCAGUGUAUAGUCAGUAAGACCCUGAUUUACAAGGACACCAAAACAAAACACCAAUCAAUACCAGUGUGCGCCAAUUUGUGCAUUUCACGAACUCUGUUUGAUGGUCAGCAUGUAUAUAGUGAGGUUUAGAAGUUUGGGUACCCAUGAAUAAAACACAUUGAUUUGUACAUUCACUUAUGUAAAAUUAAAUAUAUAUGCCAAAUAUAUAACUAAACAUGACUGGUAUAUAAUUCGUAAUUAAAAUUCUGAAGUUGUUACCGCUGCUGUACAGCAGUCAGUUUGUAUUGCAUUUAUGUGUGUAUUUUUGUAAUUUAUAUAACCUCAUAAAAGCAAACAAAAUAAAUGAUGGUGUUAUACUCAAAUUUUCUUGUUUAUUUCUGUGUGGGACAGGCUGUGUAUUUUAACAAAAACAGAAGGUACCAAAGAAUGCAUUUUACAUGAAAAAUAUGUCGUGGUAAGGACAGUUUUACAUUUCCAUGUACAAACGUUCCUUUGUAAAAAGUUGAUGUGACAUGGUAUUACUUUCAAAAUUUAAUUAUGUAAAUAUAAAGCACUGUUUUUUGUGUUUUUAGGGACUGCUUAUGUUGUUUGUGUAAAUUUGCUUAAAUAAAAUUCACUUUUGCUUUGUGUUUUUUACACUAAUGCAAUGAUAAUCAGCCUAUUCAGUGAAAAUGAAUGAACACGAAAAAUGCUAUUAAGUUAUUGAGGUUUGCUGUUACUUUGUCAGAGGCCAUGUAAAUAAUGUAAGUGUAUCUACAGUGACAUA